AUGUCCUUUCGCCUCUUCUUCCUACUUCCGCCAAUCGACUACUACCGGUGUAACAGGUUGAACGGAAGGCUCCUCUCCCGCUUUUCUGUUUGUUUUCUUUUUCUAUUUAUAGCUAUCGACCAUAUCAACUUCUUUCUUUAUUUCUUAGGCCUAUAUCUUUCUUUCUUUUCUUUUUCUUUCUUUUCUAUCUACUGUAUCAAUUCUUUCUUUCUUUCUUUCUUUCUUUCUUUCUUUCUUUCUUUUGUUUGUUUGUUUGUUUCUAUCUCUUUUGACCUUUAUUCUUUCUUUCUUUCCACUCCUUUCUUUCUUUCUUUUUCUCAAUUUUUCUUUCUUUCUUUCUUUCUUUCUUUCUUUCUUUCUUUACAGUUUUUAUUUAAUACCUCUCUAUCUACCACAUCAACUUCUUUUUUCUUUCUUUUUUCUUUCCUUUUUCUUUCUUUCUUAGGCAUGUUCACAUAUGUGACAGUUUCUUUCUUUCUUUUCUCUUUCGUUCUAGAAUCUGUCUUCCUUUCUUUCUGUUGUCAUUAUUUUCUUUUUCUUACAUUCGGUCUCAUUCUUCCUUUUGAUUCAUCUCAUUGUUCCAUUUACAUCUAUCUACUAUAUCAAUUCUUUCUUUCUUUGUUUCCUUAUAUAUUUCUUUCUUUCUUUCUUUACAAUUUUUAUUUGAUAUUUCUCUGUAACUUUCUUUAUAUUUCUGUUCCAUUUAUAGCUAUCUACCACAUCAACUUCUUUCUUUCUUUCUUUCUUUCUUUCUUUCGUUUCUUUCUUUCUUUCUUUCUUACGCCCGUUCACAUAUAUUACACUUUUUGUUAUAUGUAUGCCUCAGCCAUCUACAAUAUGUUGCAGAUGUUUCAUGUUUUUUUUUCUUUUUAUUGCCAUAUAUUUUCGCUCUAUCUCUUUGCGUUUGAAUAUAUCUCUGUAUUCUUUCAUUUUUAA